AUGAGCUCAAGUGAUCCCCGCGCCAAAGUAUACACGCCAGAGCAGCAGAAAAAGGCUUGGUCAGAUUCCGCGGAGACAGUGCAGAAAUGGAGCGACCAGAUGGUAGAGCAGUGGAACAAGGAGAUCGAUACCUAUCUCGCUGGCUUGUUCUCCGCGAUCCUCACCGCAUUCAACGUACAGUCAUACGUCCUCCUCCAACCCGACGCGCGGGACCCAUCUACUCCUGUCUCCGCCCAAUCCUCGAGCACGUCCUCCAUACGCGCCUGGGCCAUAUGGCUGAACGGAUUGUGGUUCUCGGGUCUUGUCCUUAGCCUUGCCUCGGCCGCGCUCGGAAUCUCGGUGAAACAAUGGUUGGACGAGUAU